UUGUUUGCCGGUUAGAAGAAAAAAGAGUGUGUUAAAGCGGCUGAUUCCGCCUGACAGCAGCUCGUUUAGAGGUGAGGACACUGGACUGGAUUACUCUGACUGGGGAGGAGGUUCUGUCUGUCCCAGACCCGCGGCUUCAUUUACUGUUUAACUCGUAAAAGUCAGUCAGUAAUUCAGUACAGCUUUAAGUAAACCGAGUAGACCUGAUUGAUUAACCAGACGUGAGAGCAAAGGAUGGCCGGUGCACAUGCUGACGUUGGUAAAGACAUGAAGAAGAAUCCGAAUGAAAAUCCGUCAUUGGAACAGCAUUUUGUUGGCCCACGGAGAGUGGACAAUGAAACUCGCACCAAACUUAAAAAACGAUGGGUGGUAAACAGCAAGAAAUAUCGACAGACAUUUCAGGAACUCAUUGAAGAUCCUGAUUUGAAGAGCGUGGGAAAUGGAAAACUUUUCCUGUGCACAAAGCGUGAAUACAAGAUAGGAAGAGGAGCCAGAGGAACCCGGGUGUACAUCGGGAUGAGGGAUGAUGGUACUGAGGUAGCAGUUAAACGAAUGGUCCAAGAUGACAAUAAACAACUGAAGGAUGAGAUGAAAGUACUGCGUGAUCCAAAGCUGGAGCACAAGAACAUCGUCAGAUAUCUAGAUUUCUCAGAAGACCAGGAUUUUGUUUACCUCUGCCUGCAACUCUGUGAAUGUGACUUUAAAGAAUACAAGAAAACCAGUAAACCUGAUCAGGAUGCUUUGAAGAAAGUGAUGAAGGAAGUUCUUCUCGGAUUGCAAGCCCUCCACGAUGCUCGAAUCAUUCACAGAGAUUUAAAACCCAGGAAUAUUUUAAUUGAUGUGGAAGGAAACGCAAGAUUGGCUGACUUUGGUAUAAGCCGCAUGAUAAACCAAGAUGCAAGUACGGUGCAUACGUCAAGAGCCGGUACACGAGGCUGGGAGGCAGCAGAGAUCCUGAAUACAGACGGAACGCGUAGAUACAAAACAAGCACCGACAUUCAGGUGGCUGGAAUGUUGAUGUAUUACAUCCUCUCUGGUGGGAAACAUCCUUUCGGCACAGGUAAUGAAACAGAAGAAAACAUUCAGGAAGGAAAUUACCAACUGGAUGAAACAACUGAUGUGGAAGCAAGACAUCUGAUUGAGAAAAUGAUUGCACAUGAACCAAAAGCCAGGCUGAGUGUCAAGGAGGCAGUAGAGCAUCCUUAUUUCUGGGAUGAUAAAGGGAGGGAUGGAUUUCUGAGGGAGAUCGGAGACAAAAGACCGGUGCAGAAAUACAAAGAGGUGGACACUAAGCUUAGCGAAACCGUGGGAAAAUAUACAAAGUUUUUUGACUGGAAAUCUAAGAUUGAAGAAAAGUGUGAUUCAAACCUUCCAGAUAAUUUACUUGGCCUGCUGCGUUUUCUGCGGAACAGAUUGGUGCAUGGGGAGAACUUCAACCUGAAAAUAUAUAUGGAAAAGUUUCCAGAAUUCUACAUCAGCGCUAACGAGUUGGCCAAAGAUAUGGGAUGGAAAUAGCAAGCUGGUUCAUGUUCUCACAUUCAACCGGAGCAGACGUCCCUUACACUUGUUUUUAAAUCUGUGGUGAAAUUAUUGUGCCCUCUAUGGGGCAGAUAUGCAGUGAUGUCAUACCAGUAGCUCAAAUUUUUUUUAAUUCUAAAUGGGUGGUACUGUAUUUUCUAAGUAUAAACUCUCUUUUUGUACAUGUAUAUUCUUAGCUUAAUAUAUUAUUAAAUCACAUCAUAAAAACUAAGUAAUUAAAAUCAAGAUAAGUUACUAAUUGUAUAAAGGUACUAUUGUCUGAAGCACCAAUUUUCGUUUAUGAAUGUGAACUCUCUUGGAAGCCAAUCAGCUUCUACCAUUAUAUUAAGAUUAAAGAGGAUUAAAAUCUUUUAA